AUGUCAGUGGCAGCCUCUGUGAGACACUCUACCUCCUUCUUGUCUUGUCCAGAAUACCAAGUGGUUAUGCAUGAGGCUGGCAGAGUGCUUCAGACUUGGGGUUCCCAAAUGAAGGGUUCCAGGUGGGCACUAGUGGUGCCAGGACCUCUGUGUGUCGGGUUAGGGAUCAUGCUAGCGUUGGCGCUGAUUUUCCUGCCAACCUUGUACUGUGACCUGGGAUCUGUAUAUUAUACUUCCUAUGAAAUAGUCAUCCCCAGGCAGCUGACUGUUCAGGAAAGGGACACCCCAGUGAAAGACACAUCCUAUAUGAUAUUUAUGCAGGACCAGAAAUGGGUGAUUCACCUGAAGGUGAAGAGAGACUAUUUUGUGAAGAACUUUCCAGUCUUCAGCUACCACAGUGGUGUCCUGCGGCAAGAAAUGCCUUUCAUCUCACAUGACUGUCACUAUGAGGGCUACAUAGAAGGAGUCCCAGGUUCUUUUGUUUCUCUUAACACCUGUUCAGGCCUCAGGGGCAUCCUGAUUAAGGAGGGGAAUCCCUAUGGCAUUAAGCCCAAGGACACUUCAAAACACUUUGAACAUGUGUUGUACACCAUGGCACACCAAGCUCGAGUCUCCUGUGGGGUCACCUCCAAAGGCAGCCAAGUGGUGUCUGCCAGCCGGCAACAGGCGAGCCGGAAGCCUCGCAGUCCACAGGCACUGCCCUCCUCGUGGUCACACACCAAGUACGUGGAGAUAUUUGUCGUGGUCGACAACCAGCGGUUCCAAAUGUGGGGCAGUAACGUCAGUGAGACAGUCCAGAGGGUAAUGGACAUCACCGUUCUGGCCAACAGCUUCACUAGGGGAAUAAACACAGAGGUGGUGCUGGCUGGAAUGGAGAUCUGGACCGAGGAGGACCUCAUAGAAGUCCCAGCGGACUUGCAAGUUACACUCAGGAAUUUCAACAGCUGGAGACAGGAGAAGCUCUCCCAUCGUGUGAAGUACGAUGUUGCCCACAUGAUCGUUGGACAUCAUCCUGAAGGAGAUGUGGGACAGGCAUUUCUCAAUGGCGCCUGUUCAAGUGGCCUUGCAGCAGCUGUUGAAGCCUUCCAUCAUGAAGAUGUCCUCCUGUCUGCAGCGCUCAUGGCCCACGAGCUUGGGCACAACUUGGGUAUUCGGCACGACCACUCAGCCUGCGUUUGUGAGGAUAAACACUUGUGCCUCAUGCACAAAAAUAUCACCAAAGAAGGUGGCUUCAGCAACUGCAGCUCUGACUACUUCUACCAGUUCCUCCGGGAACACAAAGGGACCUGCCUAUUUAACAAGCCUCGGCCCCAAGGUCGCCUGCGUAGGAAUACAGAGUGUGGAAAUGGUGUCUUGGAGGACAAUGAGGAGUGUGACUGUGGACCCGACUGUGGUAAUAACCAGUGCUGUGACCAAAUGUGUAGGCUGAAAGAAAAUGCAAAGUGUAAUCCUGGACCCUGCUGUAAUGAAACAUGUGGAUUUGCACAAAAGGGAUUCAUGUGUCGUCCUGCUUUUGGAGAGUGUGACCUCCCUGAAUAUUGCGACGGUACCACUGACAUAUGCCCCUAUGACACAUACAAGCAAGAUGGUACACCUUGUGAAAGAGUUCACUAUUCUGUUGCAGGUGUUUGUAGGACCCCUGAUACUCAUUGUCUACAUGUUUUUGGGUACCCUGCAAGAUCUGCCCCAGAAGACUGUUACAUUUCCAUUAAUACGAAAGAGGACCGAUUUGGAAACUGUGGCCUUCCCACAUCACCUCACUCAGAAUAUGUUAAAUGUGAAGAUGAAAACAUAUAUUGUGGGAAAAUUAUAUGUACAAAUAUUAGACACUUACCAGAAAUUAAACCUAAUCAAACAAUGAUUCAGGUUCCUCAUAAAGAUGAUUUCUGCUGGAGCAUGGAUGCCUAUUAUGUUACUGAUAUCCCUGAUGAUGGACAUGUGCACAAUGGCACUCUUUGUGCCCCAGACAAAAUCUGUAUGCAUCACUCCUGCAUUGGUCAUGCUGUGCUCAGCUACAACUGUGAACCAAAAGAAAUGUGUAAUGGGAAAGGAGUUUGCAACAAUUUAAAGCACUGCCAUUGUGAGGCUGGCUAUGACCCGCCCAACUUCAAAGCUGCAGGAAAUGGGGGUAGCGUGGACUCCUAG